AUGUCGAACAAAGGAGGAGAAACUACCGAUACCCAUGGCGAUGAACUAAUCCACGUGUCAAGCUAUCAAGAGGUUGGUAUGGUGGAGAACCGAGCAAGUGAGGCAACCCAGGCGACCCAAGAGUUGGGUGCCAAUGUUGAGGCGAACAGGGGCCAAGGAAGGCUUGGGCGUGCAACUUGCUUAAGCAGUGGGCGAGCAGCAAAGGAGGGUACAAUGGGCGAGCUGACUUUACCCGUGGAAGAGAUGCGCAUAGGCGUGACUAUGCGUGCAAAGGGGUCCAUCGCUGUUGGGCGCACUGAGAGGGGCGCUUCAAAGGACUCGGACGAGCAGAUCAGGGAGCCCGCGCAUUGGACGAGCAAGCGCUGGGCACCGCUGCUGCCCAAGCAUUGGGCGUCAUUGCUGGUUGCGCAGUGGGUGAGCAGGCGCUGCUGCCGCUUGUGCACGGGCUGA